AUGGGAGAAUUGGGCUUACUGGGAUCUACCAUCAAAGGUUAUGAUUGUUCUGGAGUUUCUUCAGUGGCAUAUGGUCUCAUCGCCCGCGAAGUGGAGAGAGUGGAUAGCGGUUACCGGUCUGCUAUGAGUGUACAGUCAUCUCUUGUCAUGCAUCCCAUAGACGCUUUUGGUACUGAGAUACAAAAGAACAAAUACUUGCCAAAGUUGGGCGAAAUUGUUGGCGCUUUUGGGCUAACUGAGCCUAAUCAUGGUUCUGAUCCUGCUAGCAUGCAAACCUCCUCAUAUAAACAAAAUGGUGUAUACAUUCUAAAUGGUUCAAAAACUUGGAUUACAAAUUCGCCUAUCGCUGAUAUUUUUGUUGUUUGGGCAAAAUCAAAGGAAGAUCAUAAGAUUAGAGGAUAUAUAUUAGAAAAGGGCAUGAAAGGAUUGUGGGCCCCUGUAAUUAAAGGCAAGUUGUCACUACGAGCUUCCAUUACAGGAAUGAUAAUGAUGGAUAAUGUGGAGGUUCCCGAAGAAAAUUUGCUUCCAAAUGUAGAAGGUUUAAAGGGACCUUUUGGUUGUCUCAACAAUGCGCGCUAUGGAAUUGCCUGGGGAGUACUUGGGGCUUCCGAAUUUUGCUUAGCACAAGCUCGUGAUUAUGCACUUAACCGUAAACAAUUCGGUGUACCAUUGGCGAAAUUUCAAUUGAUUCAAAAAAAGUUUGCUGACGCGAAUACCGAGAUCGCCCUUGGCCUUCAAGCCUGUCUUCGAGUGGGAAGAUUAAAGGAUGAAGGUAAAGUGGUGCCAGAAAUGAUUUCACUCAUAAAACGAAAUUCUUGCGGCAAGGCGAUUGAAAUUGCAAGUUCAAUGAGGGAAAUCCUGGGUGGCAAUGGGAUAAGUGAUGAAUAUCAUAUAAUAAGACACGAACAAAAUUUGGCUACAACAAAUACUUACGAGGGUAAAUGCUUAAAGGUUGUCAUAUGGGCAAAUGUUUGUUUUACUAAUAAUCUCUAUAUCUAUUAUGGGCCUAAAGGUACGCAUGAUAUUCAUGCACUUAUAUUGGGAAGAGCUAUCACCGGCCUUCAGGCAUUCACCGCGUCCUAA